GGCAACUUUGAGACCAUCAUCUCCUGCACUCAACCUGGCAUCUCGUAGGCCUCAUUGCAUUGUUUGCUUGCAGCACUCUUAGCUGGCACCUCUCAUGAGUUUUGCUUUCUUUUGCUUUGAGUCUCGAUCUGGCUGGUUCUGCGAGCUGCCGCCCUUCGUUAUUGCUCCCUUCCCGUUCACCGACUUCUGCUGUUUGCUCAACUGCCAAUGAGCCACUCUUUGCCUCAAGCAACAGUUAUCACGUACCGGAGCUUUGCUUAGCUAUAGGUCCUCAAGAUGGGCUCAAAAGCUGGUUUCGUUUCCUCUCCCUCCAGUCACGACUCAGGGCAGAAAAAGAAGAAGGGCCGCAAGCCGACCUCCCUCUUCAAACAUACAAACAAGACUUUCGUCUCCAAGCCUGUGGAGCUGGCUUCACCCUCAGCUAGUUCUAUAAGUGGCACUGGUGUCUCUUCUUUUACUUUCAAGGCCCCACGCCCUGACGGGAUUCCCAAGAGUCCCGCUGCCACACCGAAAUUGGACUCGUCCGCUCUCCCAACCUUCAACUUGACCGGUCUACGGUAUCCGCGAGAUACUGGCCGAAGGAUGCCAUCAGACUCGAGCAGUUUGUCUCAGGCCAUGGACAGUCUCACCAGCUCCAUGACCAGCCUCAAGAUACCCGGGGAAAGGCGCGACAGGAGAAGCAACAAGGGUUCCGCCGCCUCACUCUCCACAACAUCAUCCUCCUCUCUCUCAGCCAGGAGGACAUACCAAACCCGCGGUGAGGAAGACGACACGGCCGAGGAGAGCAGUCGAGAAGAGAUGAGCGCGAAGUCCGGGCUCACUAGCGAUGAGGACUCUGUCCUAAACGUCCACCUUGGCCUGCUGGAGCGAUGCCCUGAGUUGGAUGAACUCAACGAGAUCAAGACGACACCAAUUUUCACUGAAGCCGUCCGCAAAUAUGCACUCUCACUGGCCGGCGCCAACAACGAGAAGCCUUUCAGCCAGUACGGCCUGCUGGCUGGCGAUCUCUCCGGCAACGCGGAGGAACGGCCGGAUCCCCGCAUCUUUUGGAACGUAGCCACGCCCUCCAGCUUCUUCAUUUGCGGUAGCCAGGGAUCUGGAAAGAGCCAUUCCCUGUCCUGCCUGCUAGAGAAUGCUCUGGCGCCCUGCGAUGCAAAUGUCCUCCCUCGGCCUUUGACAGGAAUCGUAUUCCACUACGAUACCUUCAUUUCGGAUUCCGGCGGCUCCCCCUGCGAAGUGGCCUGGUUGUCGUCCAACCCGGACAUCAAGGUGCGGGUGCUAUGCCCCCCGACCAAUGUCCGGACGAUGCAGAAAAUUUACAAGCAGUUUCCGAACAUCACGGUGGAAGAGCUGCGGCUCAAUGAGUCUGACCUCAACACGAAGCGCAUGCUGGAUCUGAUGGCCGUCGCGGCAGGUGGCAACUUGCCCCUGUACCUCCACGUCGCGCAGCGCAUCCUGCGCGAUCUGCGCGUCACGCAGCAAAAGACCGACACCGGGUUCAGCUACACAGCAUUCAAGCGCAGCCUGGCUUUGGAGAACCUCACCGACAUGCAGCUGGCGCCUUUGAAACAGCGACUGGAGACUCUCGAGUCCUUCAUGGUAGAGGACCAAGCCAAGGCGUACAACAUGUUCGCAUCCGGCCAACUAAGGCAGAAGACCAAGAAGUACGCCGCAGCUGAAGGCACGUCCUGGACACCGAAAAACGGGCAUCUGACCAUCGUCGACUUGUCCUGUCCCUGUGUCACACCCGAAAUGGCCUGCUCCCUCUUCAACAUCUGCCUCUCGCUCUUCCUCGAGCAGGACUCGGCGGCCGUCGGGCUGAUCAUUGCGCUGGACGAGGCGCACAAAUACAUGACGGAUUCGCAGGAGUGCGCAGCCUUGACCGAGGCGCUGCUGGCUACCAUCCGGCUGCAGCGGCACCUCGGCGCGCGGGUCGUCAUCUCGACGCAGGAGCCCACCAUCAGCCCCAAGCUGCUGGACCUGUGCAGCGUCACGAUCGUGCACCGGUUCACGUCGCCCGACUGGCUGAAUGUACUCAGGAAACAUCUUGCCGGGGUGUCGUCUGGCGGUAAGCUGUUGGAGAAGGCAAGGAGGCUGAACACGGGUGAUGAGGAGGGGGAUAAUGGGGUCGACGGAGCCGGGGCGCUGGCGCUGGGCGAUGCUGACCCGGCGUUGGAGCUGUUCUCGAGGAUCGUGGACUUGAGGGUUGGAGAGGCGCUGAUGUUUGCGCCGAGUGCUAUUGUUGGGGUGAAGAAGAGGAAGGACGGGAAGGGCGAGGUGAAGCGGCUGGCGCAUGGGGUGUUGAAGGUGCGGAUCCGCAGCCGGACGACUGCGGAUGGUGGGCGGAGCAUCAUGGCUGCGUGAGUUGGCUUUGACAUGGCUUGUUGGGUUGUUGAUGGCGUUCUGGAGAGCUUUUUGGGAAGAGCAGGUACAGGAUUACUGAUUGUUAUGAUACCAUGGGUUUAGGUUUGUUAGCUGCGUUUGCGGCUGUGUUGGAUUUGAUCAGUGUGGGAGUAUUCGGUUGGAUUGCGAUCUGAUAGACUCGAUAGACAACCUAAUACAACAAUAGAGUGC